AUGAAUCGUGCAGAAACCGGUAGAAGUGUAGCAGUGAUGCAUUAUAUGUUAUACAAAGAGUGUGGUCCUUGGUCCUAUAGUAUCAUCAUUGGUCUACCAGAUUAUGUAUCACCUACAACAUACCUUCAUCUCAGUAUCAUCGCAACAGCAUCAUUUCUUUCCAAUACAAACAUUCUUUCACCUACAAAUGAACCAGUCUCACCAAUCAAACACCCAACACCACCACAACCACAAACAACCACUGGAUCAACGGCAUCUACAGAUCCAACAUCAACAACAACCACCACAACAAAUGAUCUUACAAUGAACGAUCUCGAAAGCAAUAAUGAUAAUGAUUCAAUCCCAUCAACCUCUACUUUGUUUCCUGAUAUCGUUCCUACUGUCACACGCCCAGACUCACUCCCGUCAGAUGUAUUCCAAGCAACCCUGAUCGCAUCCAAGAUACCGAUCUCUUCCUCUAUCGUACCUGGUCAACCCGAGAACAAACAAUAUAGUUACACCAUCACGUUACAUAAUCUUCAUGCACAGUAUCAAAUUGCUUUGAGAAGUGAAGCAGGUAUUGAAUCACAGAAUCCUCUUGUCGAAUACAUUUCCUUUGGAACACAAACAAUACUGCCCCCUUGA